UUGGCAAAAUUGGAUUCAAGGAACAUAAAUGGAUCUAAUAGACUCUGCUCUUCUGAAAUCUUACUCUAAACACACAAUUAAUGCAAUGCCUAGAGAUUGCUGUGUCAUGCGUUCAAGAGAAUCCUAGGAAAAGACCAACAAUGGAUUCAGUUGUUUCAAUGCUUAGCUCUGCUUCUGAGUCUCUCCAGCUCCCAAAAGCCAUCACAGCCUGGUUUCUUCAGAAGAUCGCCGUCGUUUUCGAUUUCUGUAAACGAUGUUUCUCUCACAGAUAUGUCUGCUCGUUAAGUGUGUUAGCAGUCACAUAAUGUUUCUGAUCCAAUUCAGUAUCAAAUCCCUAAAUUGACAUUUGUUUAUAUAUAAAUAUCCUGCUAAAGUUUUCAACUUUUUUCGGUUGGGGAAAAAUAAAGUUUCAAUCUUUUAAAUACACGGACCUUGUUCCUUGGAUUCUUCUUCUUCUUCUUCUUCUUCUUCUUCUUCGUUGCUGUGACUAUGGCAGCUACUCUUCGGAGAUUAUACUCUAAAUCUAUACGUAUUUCUCUUCAAGGGAUCUUUUUGAACAAACCCUUUACCCGGAAACAGCUUCUUCUUCCUUCGAGUUCUCAAAGUUUAUCUUUUUCCUCAGAUCAUCGGUUUGUCUCUGCGUCUACUGAGGUUUCUUCAAAUGCAGGAUCAGCGACCAAUGGUGGUAUCAUAAGUGAAGGGUUCCUAAGAUGGAGAAAUGGAGGAGGGACAUGUCACAGCUCGGCUGUAAUUGAUUCCUCGGCUUUGGUUGAGGUUGGUGCUGUAGUUCAUGAAAAAGCGGUCUUAGGUGCAGAGGUUCAUGUAGGAUCUGGUACUGUGGUUGGACCAUCCGUUGAAAUCGGCCCUUCCACAAGAAUCGGAUAUAAUGUUUCAAUUAGCAACUGUAGUAUUGGUGAUUCAUGUGUGAUCCACAAUGGAGUCUGCAUAGGUCAAGAUGGAUUUGGUUUUUAUGUUGAUGAACAUGGAAACAUGGUGAAAAAGCCUCAAACUUUAAACGUGAAGAUAGGGAAUCGUGUUGAUAUAGGAGCAAAUACUUGCAUUGAUCGAGGCAGCUGGAGAGAUACAGUAAUUGAAGAUGACACUAAGAUAGACAACUUAGUGCAGAUUGGUCAUAAUGUGAUCAUAGGAAAAUGUUGCUUGCUUUGUGGUCAAGUAGGCAUCGCUGGUUCAGUAACAAUUGGUGACUAUGUGGCUUUAGGGGGACGAGCUGCUGUUCGAGACCAUGUCUCCAUUGUAUCCAAGGUUCGACUCGCUGCUAAUAGUUGUGCUACCAAAAACAUCAGUGAGCCUGGGGAUUUUGGAGGCUUUCCUGCUGUUCCAAUUCACGAAUGGAGAAAGCAGAUUGUUCGAGCUCAGAUUUCGAACAAGAGAAGAACCUAAAUUUAUGUACUACUCAAAUGUAUUUGCAUAAUGUCAUUUGUUAAAGUAGACUCGUGUUAAAGUAAGAACACAAUCAAACCAGUAACUUAGAUGUUCUGCUCAACUAAUAAACAAUUUUUUUUACC